AUGACCAAUAACGUAUUCGUACAUUUUACAUAUGAAGACUGCAUGUAUGGUAUAUCUGUGAAGGCAUCAGUGGAGGAUGUGACGUUGUCAAUGUUACAUGAAAAGAUAUAUAAGAAGCUUGGGUUGGAUGAACGUAAGGAAAAACUGAAAUUGAGCUACAUUCCGAUGGUGAUACGUUGCAAGAAAGCUGUAACUAUUGCUGAUGAUGACGAUCUUUAUGUUUACCUCGGAUGUGUCGAUAAAGAGAACCAAAGAUGUCUUUUGGUUGUGGAGAGUAGUGAAAGGUCGGGAGCGAGACCACAAGAUAAACUUUCGAUAGCGGGUAAAAGUUCUGUUGGUAUGAACUACAACGAUUUGCAGCUAUUGGAACAUGAAGUUGGACCUAAUGCCAUUACAUUGUACGUUGGUGAGAACCAGGGGAAUAACGAGGUGAGUGCUAAAGAGACUGGUACUGGUAUGGAGACUGAUACUGGUAUGGAGACUGAUACGGCUGCGGAGACUGAUACGGCUGCGGAGACUGAUACAGGUAUGGAGAAUGAUACGGCUGCGGAGACUGAUAAAGGUAUGGAGAAUGAUACGGCUGCGGAAACUGAUACUGGUAUGGAGAAUGAUACUGCUACGGAGAAUGAAACGGCUGCGGAGAAUGAAACGGCUGCGGAGACUGAUACCGUACAUCCAACCGCCGAUAAGUAUGUUGAAGAGCCACCUGCAAUAGUACGGAGUAGUUGUAUAGAGGAAUGGGGCGAUGGUUUGAGUCUUAAUAAACAUGACGAAUUUCCAAGUAAGAAGGCAAUUCAGGAGAUGGUGGAUAGAGCUGCAUAUUGUGAAUGUUAUCGUUAUGUCACUAAAAAGUCAGAUCGAAAUCGAUUGGUGAUAACAUGUUCGCAAGCUGACUGCAAAUGGGUAAUACGAGCUUCAAGGAUUGCUGGGACAGAAAUUUUCUCAAUAAAAAGCUACACGAAGAUGCAUACAUGCUCGCGGACACAACAAAGUGACAGCAACGACAAGAGAAGAGCGUCAGCAGAAGUAGUGGCAAGUUUUUUGAAUGAGGAAUUCCCAGGAGAUGUGCAAACUCCAACUCCAAAAGAUAUUAAGGCUCUGGUUAAGUCCAAACUUGGUGUCAUGAUAUCCUACUCCACAGCAUUGCGUGGAAAGAAUUUGGCUUCUUGUGAUACACGUGGUAGUCCGGAAGAUAGCUACAGGAUGAUGUAUAGCUAUUUGUUCAUGUUAGAGAAAAUGAACACGGGAACAAAAACUAGUGUGAAAUUGGAUGACUCAGGUAAAUUCAAGUACCUCUUCAUAGCGUUGGGAGCUUGCAUUGAAGGGUUUGCAGUUAUGAGAAAAGUGAUUGUUGUCGAUGCAACAUGGCUGAAGAACGGAUAUGGGGGUGUUCUAAUUUUUGCCAAAGCUCAAGAUCCUAACCGUCAUUGCUAUCCACUUGCGUUUGCUGUACUUGAUGGAGAGAAUCAUGCUAGUUGGACCUGGUUUUUUGAGAUGCUUAGAAGCGUUAUACCAGACUCUUCUGAACUGGUUUUCAUGAGUGAUAGAAAUCCAAGUCUGAUAUUUGCAAUAGCAAACGUGUACCCUCAGGCUCACCAUGGUCAUUGUUUAUGGCAUUUGAAGGAAAAUGUUAAAGGGCAUGCUUCUAACGUCACCAAAGAUGUAGUCGGGCAUAGAUUCAUGGAGUUGGGAAAGAUGUACACAAUGGCUGAUUUCAAUGCUGCUUACGAAAGAUUUAAGCUAAGGUUCCCUUCAGCUUACACGUACAACUUGGACACAAGCAACAGCGUGGAAUCAAUGAACAAAGUGUUUAGAGAGGCAAGGAGGUGGGCCUUGAUACCAAUGCUGGAUUGUAUCAUUAGGACAUUCUCUGAUUGGUUUAAUCAACGUCGGAAGGAUGCUGUUUCACAAUCAUUGGGUACCAUGCUAGUGCCUCUGGUUGAGAACUACUUGCACGAUCUAUGGGUUCUUGCGCGAACGCUACCUGUGCGGGAGCUUAAUAGUUAUGAGCUAGAGUACGAGGUCAAGGAUAGUCAUGGGAAGAUGUUUUUGACGAACUUGAUUGCCAAAACUUGUACUUGCAAGGUGUGGGAUUAUGAAAAGAUUCCUUGUCUGCACGGACUGGCUGCUUAUAUCUAUUACACUAAUGAGGUGGAUAAUGGGGGUGGUAGGAGCCGUGAUAUCAACAUAGUAUAUCAUGAGUUGUGCUCAAAAUACUAUUGGACGGAACUGUGGGCAUUGGCGUAUUGCAGGACAAUUUAUGCUGUGCCAGACAUGUCUGUAUGGGAAGUCCCGGAUCACAUCAGGGAGCUGAAGAUCAUACCUCCGGAUCCUAUCAAGCGGAAGGGAAGGAAAAGAGUUAAUAGACUUCCAUCUGGUGGAGAACGCCGUAGGAGGACACAGAACAAAAAGCGGCCUAGGCAAAAUUUUGGUUUCAAUUGGCUGUUAUUUGGAAAUGGUUCAAGCCCUUCAGAGCAGAACACGGCCUAA